AGUCGUGAUCAUGUUUCCCGUCAGCAGUUACUAAGCAAAACAUAAUACAGUACUCGCUAUGUUCUCCCCGGUCCUGCUCUGGCCAGGCAGGUGUUACAGUAGACUAAAGAAUACCUGAAAAGGAGAAUUCCACAGAACCCAAAAUAUCAACAUGUGAAAACCAGGCUGGAUACAGGAUGCAGCCUGACAAAGUACAUGGAGAGGCUAGAAGAAAUCAAGAAAAAUUACAGGUACAGAAAGGAUGAACUCUUCAAAAGGCUAAAAGUGACAACAUUUGCACAGUUGGUUAUUCAAGUGGCAUCGGUAUCAGAAUUGAAUGAAAGUGUGAAUGAAGAUGAAACACCAAGACUUGAAGACAAUAUGUCCGUGUUUUCGGAGCCUGAAAUAAAGCGCCUGUCUGAGAAUACCGACGGGUCUCCCCUGCAGUACCCCACACCCGCACAUUUUCUUGACAACAGCAACAACGCAGGGGAUGCUGGCUUUUCUCCAAGGUCGACACUGCAAAGUGUUAUAAGUGGUGUGGGAGAACUGGACCUGGACAAGGAAGAUCAAAAAGUCAUUCUGACGCCUGUGUCCAGUCAUCGGGAAACAGACACACGCUACCCUGACUGUCCUUACCUGCUGCUGGAUGUACGAGACAAAGAGCAGUAUGACCAGUGCCACAUCAUCAGUGCAUACAGUUACCCCAUUGCCACCCUCUCAAGAACAAUGAAUCCUUACACUAGGGAAGUGUUGGAUUAUAAAAACGCCUCGGGAAAGAUCAUCAUAGUGUACGAUGAAGAUGAGAGGAUGGCCAGUCAGGUUGCCACCACCAUGUGUGAGAGAGGUUUUGAGAAUCUCUUCUUGCUGUCUGGAGGUCUCAAAGUGAUAGCUCAGAAGUUCCCUUUGGGACUGACAACAGGCUCCAUUCCGGCCUCUUGCCUGCCGUCUCCCACAGGGACAAUGGUUGGCCGGAAGCGUUCCACGCCUCGCCAGGUCUUUCUGCCAGCAGAGAGGAAGUGGAGGUUCUCAUCUGACGACCUAGCUAAGAUCCAGCACUACCUGGAGGAAAUGCUUGUACCGACGAAUCCCAACAGCCGUCUCAGCAGUCGCAUGUCGAGCAGCAGCACAUUGUCCAAAGCUUCUAGUGCUCGGAGUCGGAAGAGCUCCUCUUUAGCUAGCCCUGAAAGUGCAAGAUCCCAGAGCAGCAGACCCUGGAAAUAACUUUAACCCCCGGAUCAUCACUACGCCCAAUCCACUCAAAAUACAAAUAAAGUCUACGGUAACACUUCACAUGAAGAGUUUUCAUAAGCAUGUACGACACCAUUAUGAACAUUCAUUACACCUUUGUGUGUGUGGAAUAUAUAUAUUCGGUAGUCAAUACCUAUUGUUUUUACUGUGUAGCAUACAUCUGAUAUGUUCUAGGAGUGGGUUUCUGUCAGUGUAUUCUGCCUUGCAACAAACAGACAAACGCACUCAUAGUGUAUGUUGCAUUUUUCACUGGGGCUAACGUCAUUAUUUGUUACAACUCAAAACUGUUAUAAUUGCUUUUGCGUAUCGCUUUCAAACAACAUAAAAAUAAUGUGUUAUGAAUGGUUCAGCACUCACAAAGGUAUUAGGAGUGUUUUCAUAAAGGUGUCAUGAAUGCUUAUGAAGACUCCCUUUAAAUUGUAAGUCUGCUUAUUUCAGUAUCAAUACCUCAGUGCACUUCCAUGAGCCGCCCUUUACCUACUGUCGUGAUAGGGCAGCAUACGUUCACUGUGGCAGCCCUGAAAGCUUUUCAUCUGUCCUUGAUCAGUUAUUCAAAGUACAUACCUUGUGUGAUGUCUGCAGACACUGAAACCAUCAAGUGGCUUUAGUUUGACAGCCCUUCCCUAUAGGCCUAUAUUUUCAAAAUGUAGGAUUUAUGUUGGAUUGUAAAUUCGAUUUUCUUCUGGAGAAGUCAGUUAAACAUUUUUUGACUAGGAUGUCACUUAUGACCAAAACAUCUAAUGGGAAAUUGAGGAAAUUUUUUUGCACUGAAUUAACACUAAUUUAUAGAUGACACUUAAAAUCCUUGCCUUUUUGUAUAAAUACAUGCAUUUGUUUAGCUAGUUUUGUGUUGCAGUUUGUGUAUUAUUUUGCACAAAAGGUUUUCCCCAGUGUGUGUUGUAAAUGUAUUCCAAAAACAAAAGACCAAUAUUACUGUGUAACAUUCUCAAGAAAGUAGAAAAGGAACAAUAUCAAUUGAGAAUUUAUCAAUCUAAAUUGUACACUACUACUACAUGUUCCUGGUGAUUGUUUAUGCAUUCAUGCAGUCAUAUUGGUUAAUGAGGGUGAAUUCAGUUUUGCUGAGAACACAGGUAUUAUGAUAUGGUGGUCAUGGUGACUUGUAUAGGAUCCCCACUGGGAAACUUUUAACAUGUGAAAUGUCAUAUGUGACUUGUUUUGUUCGAGUUUUCUUUGUAAUUUUAGUUUUUGUACCAGGAAAAAAUUAAAUUACCACAUCACUGGGUCUUAAACAAGUGCAUGUACUGUAAUGUUUGGGGCUUGAGAGAUGUAUCUAAGGUCUGACCUGUGGUUUGUGUAUGCUCGAGUGAGAGAGACAUUGAGAAUUUCAAAAGGCUGCCCUUUCUACUUGCUGUACCUGAAUGAACUCAUCAGCGUUUGUCAGUUUCAAUCUAAAAACUGUUUUGACUGAUAACAGUUCAUUGCUUUUGUACAUUACUGUCAAAUAAAAUGCACAAUCAUAUACUAUA